CAAAAUAUUAUAAGAAUUUAUGGACUUACUUGUGAGGGAAAUAUUAAGUUUUUGGUAUCUGAAUGGGCCAAAUAUGGGAAUUUACGUGAAUAUUAUACAAACUAUAAAGAUCGAUUCAAUCUUAGAUUAAAAUUACGUAUUUCUCUUGAUAUCGCUCGCGGAUUAAAUUAUUUAAGUUCCGUUGAGAUUGUGCAUCGUGAUGUUAGAGCCAAGAACAUUUUAAUUACAUUACACGAAACAGCAAAACUAGCAAAUUUUAAAUUUAGUCGUUCAUUAUUCGCGGCUACAUUAAAACAAAGUCAAAAUUUAGAACGAGUUCGCUAUUGCGCUCCUGAAUUAUUAGAGAGAGCCCACAACUUCAAGUAUGAUCAUAAAUGCGAAGUUUAUAGCUUUGGAAUUUUACUUUGGGAAAUUGCAGAAGAAAGAACUCCUUAUGAACAAUAUAAG